AUGACUACCUCGUUCCCUCUUCCUCCCGUCAACACCAUUGUCAACGGCCACAUCGAAUCCACCUACUCGAAAAAGACUGGCAAAUGGACCGCUCCCGAAUUCGUCACCUCGCCCUACCUCCGUAUUCACGGCAUGGCCCCAGGCCUCAACUACGGCCAGCAGUGCUAUGAGGGCCUCAAGGCCUUCCGUACNCCCGACGACUCUGCCAUCACCAUCUUCCGCCCCGACAUGAAUGCCAAACGCAUGCAACACUCUGCUUCCUUUGUCUCGAUGCCCGAAGUCCCCGUCGAGCAUUUUCAAGAGUGUGUCAAGGCUGCCGUUGCCCUGAACGCAGAGUUUGUGCCGCCUGCUAGGACAGGAGCAGCCAUGUACAUUCGCCCAUUGCUGUUUGGCAGUUCUGCACAAUUGGGCUUGAGCCCGCCUGAAGAGUACACUUUUGUGGUUUGGGUGUUGCCUGUGGGCGUUUACCACGGCGUGCACUCUGUGCCCGCACUCAUCCUCGAGGACUUUGAUCGUGCGGCUCCUCACGGUACUGGGUCCGCCAAGGUGGGUGGAAACUAUGCUCCUGUGUUGAGAUUCAGUGAAAGAGCUAGAAAUGAUGGUUAUGGCAUUACUCUGCACCUUGAUAGCAGGACGAGGACCGAGAUUGACGAGUUCAGCACUUCUGCUUUCUUGGGUGUUAAGAAAGAGGGCGAGAAGACCACUUUGGUGGUGCCGGAUAGCAAGAAUGUCAUUGAGAGUGUGACGGCAGACAGUGUGUGCCACAUUGCACGCAGCUUGGGUUGGACUGUAGAGAAGAGAGCUGUGCGUUUCUUUCCAUCCCGACCCCUCUUAUCUGCACAAACUAACGUCUUCCACAGNAUCAACUACGACGAACUCAAGUCCUUCAACGAGGUCUUCGCUGCCGGAACAGCAGCAGCUCUUGUGCCCAUCAAGAGCAUCACCAUGAAGAGCCGCGGCGACACCUUUACUUACCUAGACUCUGACGAACCUGGUCCUGUCUGCCUUAAGCUGCUUGACAACCUCAAGGGUAUCCAGACUGGUCGCUAUGAAGACAAGUUUGGCUGGAACGUCAAGGUUGAGCAGAAGAGUAGAGAGGCGUUUGCCAAGGGCGGAGAUGAGACCAAGGGCGGUAACGUGGAUGUUAUGAACGCUUAG